GUGUGAAACGUAACAACGUAUUUUUCUUAUAUAUAUUUGCAAAAUUCACGACAAUGUCGUUCAUUAUUUGGUAGAAUUCGCUGUCGUGAGGUUCGUGAUCAACCGUACAGGUUCCCGAGUCGGAUUGCGUGUGUGCUGCGGUAGCUGAUAGAAUUAUUCUUCCUUAAAAGACAAAAACCGAAAACUGAUCGGCAGGAUGACCUCGGAUGCUGUCGACCUAGAUGACGAUAAUGCUUUCUGCGAGAAGAUUAUCAACGAGAUUCAUGCAGUGUUUCUCAAGGAUACAGAAUUAACAGGAUUCGAAAUCAUUCCUAUGCCAUCCAAUACAAACAAAUCGCCCGUGAUUCAUGCAGAGCACAAUCUGGGAUUGCAGUCGUGGUGCAUCAAGUACAUCUACGAAUACUCACAUCGUCUAAUUCUGCAACAUAAGGCCGAAUGUGCAAAACUCUUGCUUGGAAAUAGUCCUGUAUCGGGUGGAUUGCUCAUAAACAGCACCACUGGUAGCUCGAUGCUGCAGAUGUCCGCCAGCAGUGGCAACAACUCAAUCAUCAAGUACCUGAACUGUGCCAUUCUCAUCAAUCCUGAUGUUACGACGUUUUGGAAUCUACGCCGGCAACUGUUUGCCAAAAACAGGCUCGACAUCACUAGAGAGUUCCAGUUCGCCGCGUUGGUACUGAGCAAGAAGCCAAAAUCAAAUGAAGCUUUUGCCUAUCGGCGCUGGUUGUAUUUGUUUCAGAGUUUCGAUGCCAUCGAUUGGUCGUUCGAGAUCGGACUGUGCGAGAAAUGUGCGGACAAAAGCACCACCAACUACCACGCAUGGUGCCAUCGUCAGUGGGUCAUAAUGAAAUCACCUCACCUGCUGAAGUUCGAAAUCUACAAAACGGAAAAGUUCAUACGUAAGCACAUCCACGACUACAGCUGUUACAAUCAUCGACAGUUUGUACUAACGAAAAUGCUCGAAGGGACAUACUUUGACGAGCACGACGGUCGAGAUUUUAGCGAAAUAAUGCAUUAUGUUGGUCAGCUUAUGGAGUGCACUAUUGAGAAUGUUGAUGAUCUGCUCAGGUGGAUCAUUCCCAGUGUUAACAGAGAAGUGAUACAUGAAAUCAAGUUGCGAUCGUUUUUAUAUUGCCUCAAUGUUGCGGCUUAUGAUUUAAGGCUCUGUGAGGAAUUAAAAUCGUUGUACGGCGAGUCUAAAGCUUUUGAGAAUCAUCGUCGUUACAUGAUCAAAUUUAUAGUUGAUUGGUGCCGUAAAGCAUCAUGCAUUCUCGCUUCCGGCGCAAAUAGUCCGCAUUCAAACUGCAGCCAACCGGUUAAUAAGAUUACUAAACUAGAUGCCCAAGAUAGCGCUUUUCUGCGAGCUGUUAAAGAGUGUGAAAAAAGUCAUAACACGCCCCAGCACAGAAUGUGGUGCAAGUUGUUUCUAGAUUUUGACAUUGAAUAGAACUUUUUUUAUUUACAGCAACAAAUGUUGACCCUAGCACAUUGUUUUAUAUAGUUCCUAAUUUAUCUAGCAGCUAGAAAUACUCAGUUCGGCCGUUCUUCGUGUAUUUACUGUGUUUUAGUCGACAAUCUUAUUUCAACAAUAAUUUGCCUUGUUAGGUACCAAUGUUACGUUGAUUUUUUAUUCAGUUGCUCUAUACCAUUUUUAAUAACAAUUAUAUGUUCUUGUUUUUUACUAACAGUUCUCGAAAAUGCUGCAUUUGUUGGUUGUUGCGCGAGUAUUAUAUUGACGGAACGAAAAUAACGUUUUACGAAUCACAGCUGUUUAUAAAAUAGAGAAGGAAAAGUCAUUAUAUUAAUGAUAGUUUAUUUUUCUACCAUUUUCAUUGACCGUACUCGAAUUAAUCAGCGAUAAUAGUAA